AUGGUUAAAAAAGAGAAGCAGAAUAGCAUGGCUCUACACCUGGUCGACAUGGAAGGCAUCUGUAGCCGCCACACCGGACUCAGCGUGGACUACAAGAAACCAUGUACAGCUGGCUCAAGCCGGCUGUGUCAUGUCUGCAAAAACACCGCCGCCUGGAAUGGCUUCUUCAUAAACGUCGGCCUCGAAGUUCGAGAGGGGAGCUGUGGAGCACUGUUUCUUCUUGGAGCAGGUGAAGGCAUGACGACAGCUAACAUGGCCACGGAGGAAGAGAAGGCGCAGGCGGCCACGUUGCUCUAUUGGCUGCUAACUCAACACAGGUGCGUCGUGAAGGCGACCAUCACCGAUGACGUCUUCGGAGGCCACGAGCAGGUCGUGUGCCGUGCUCUCAGCGACAGCGUGGGCAAGAUCUCGGCGCUGACGUUGCUGCAAUCCUCGGAAAGGACAGUAGUGAGCAAUGCUCUCGUCACAACUGUCCGUUCCAUGAAGCAGCUGGUGGAACUGAACCUAAUGAUCGACACGCCGGAGCAGUUAGCCCAACUUGGGCCUCUGCUUGGGACAAGCUCUUCCUUGAAGGUGCUUCGCGCCGUCCAAGUCAAGACGCGGCUGGAUGGAACCAAAGAAUUUUGGGAAGGCAUUUACAAAACCACAGGUCUAUCCUCCAUCUCUCUCACGACAGGGAUUCUUCAAGCUUUAUGCGGCAUCAGAUGGCCAGAUCUUGGAUAUACCGGCUUUGCUCGGUAUUUAAUGAAUAGUCGUUCACUCACGAGUAUUAAAGUGAUUGCUCCAAAGCAUGGGCCAGAGGUGGAUGUCCGAACCAUCUGCCAGGCCGUGUCAUAUAACUCGGUUCUGACCCAGCUCGACUUUGAGUUGUCCACACUCAAGGAAGAGUUUGCCGCUCCGAUUGGGAGUUUCCUGCGCUCUACCAAGACCCUCAAAUAUUUCGGCCUCACUUACACUUGUGUCGACGAACGCUACCUCCGCGCUAUUAUUCCGGAUCCUGAGCACUUGUCGGUUCUACAGUCCUACUGCUUGAGGUGUGGCACAAUUCACGUGGACCAGACCAAUCGCAUCAAGCCUUGGAUCCAGGCCCUCUUGCAGGAAAACGAUUCGCUGAAUGAGCUGCGAUUUUCCUUGUUCGGCUUCUGCACGUUGGAAUGCCGCGCAUUCCUAAACGCUCUGUCGCAGAACACCACGCUGAGCAGAGUCACAAUCCACCGCCUGGGCCAGAACGCUUCUGAGUUUUGCAAGUUCCUUACCGCGGCGGGGGUUAUCGACAGAGUGACCACCGACAUUGUUUUCAACGUCGCAUAUCCAAACAGAAUGGUAGCACAUGGAGUAGGCCAGCUUGUGAAUGUGUCGUUCUGUGACCUUGAAAGCACACUCCAUCAAGUGGCCGCGUGCCACCGUGUCACUCACGUAGAGCUGAGGGUCACCUCUUUCCUCUACCAUUCUGGUAUCAUCGAGCCAGCCGCCUCACCACUCAUCCAGCUCAUCCGUAAAGCGCCCGCCUUGGCGACCCUGGUCAUGCUAGUUGACAGCAGCGGCUGCAGUCGGUGCUGGAACGAGUGUGCUCCAUUUUUCUGUGACUCUGUGCUCCACAACACUGCCAUCAUAAACCUGACGGUAAAGUUGCCGCAGCAUCCUUUAAUGACCCUGCUUCCCUUGACCGAUCUGCUGCAACGAAGCCAUGGGCUUUGCCGAUUCACGCUGGAGCCUCCUGGGCCCGAAGCCUUCCGCGAGUUUGUCCGCGAAUUGUCAAAGCCAAAGCUCGAGGACAACUACAACUUGGCUUUCGUGAAUCUCAACCGCAGCGAACCAGAUCUGGUAGCGGAGAGGCUCAUAAUACAGAACGUCGUGGACAGAAACCUCAGCUGGGCGACGCGCGCCGCCGACUUCGUCGUUGGUUAUGCCAACAAGGACACUGCAGAAGCGCUGGAGAAAAUGUACAGUUAUCCGCUCUUGGUGGAAGAACUUUGCGCUCGGCAAGAUAUAAAGAAGCAGCAGGCCCUGGACAAGAUAGCCACGAAAGUGCGUAGCAUGGCAAACCUCAACGAAUUCAUGCGACUCGCCGGCGUGGUUCGUGAUGAGAUCGUCUGCUUUGACUCGGUUGACGGCGCCAAGCAGCUAGACGAUUUGAACGAAUAUUGCCUACGUCACAUCCGGAAGUAUUUGAAGAUAAGCGACAUCAUAAGUUGA